AUGAUACUAGAGUAGCCAACCACCACGCGCUCUUAAUAUAAACAAUUUCCAGCUUCGCUUUUCCCACAGAAAAUUAAAAGAAACGACCCCGUUCCGUCCUCAUUCUGUCUUUAUCCCGUUUCCUCCUUAACGUCGUCAUUCCUUCCCAUCUGGCCAGAACCUCGUUGGACGGUCGUCAGAGACGUGACACGAGUAUCACACCCUUCUGCAUUAAAUACAACGUACAACUGGCGAAAGAAAAAUCGCAGAAAAACACCUAUCCGUGGUUUGGCCAGGUAAACGAAGAAGAACGAGGUCUCCACGAGGGUGUUCCACCUCAGUCCGCCCUCGGUCGUCCAUUAAAUCCCGUGAGUUACGGUUGAUUCUCGCCAGUGCUCAAGGGACUCGGUGGUCGCGUUCAACAAACAACGAGAAAAAAUUGUAACAUUGUUUUGUAGACAACGCUCGAAAUUCAUCUUUACAAUGACUCGAUCUAUUAGGUAGACUGGAAAGUAACGUCGUUUCGUUUACAUUAAAUUCAAACGAAUUUUCGAUAAAUUUCUAUUUUUAAGCAAUUAUGUAAUCGUCCUCGUUAUCAACAGCCACCUAGUGUGCAAAUUUUCGAUGAUCGAUAAACAUCAACGUGCUGUUGAGUGAUAAACACGGAUUUAAAAUUGCAAAAACGACAUUACUUUCCGGUCUACCCGAUACAAGGCCUUAACGUUUUACGAUAGAAAUUUACAUUUCUCGAAAGUUACUUAUGCUGACGUAAAUACUUAUCCACGUAAAGCAUGCAUCCAAAUUACUUUCCGAUUAUCGUACCGAUACAUCCGAAUCGCUACGAAUUCCUGAUAGAUGUAAACGUCGUCGAAGAGGUCUUAGAAAGUAACCCUGAAAAGAAGAAAUAAAUAAGAGAGCAAAGAUACCAAGUACCCGCGUAUGGGUCGGGUGAAUUGACCUGAUAUUUCUUAGGGACGCGGAUAUCUUGCACGUGGAUGCGCAAUGUGAUGGCCAGGACGGCAGCCAGGCAGACGGUCGGUUCACGAAGCGGUUCUCUUAGUACCGAUGAGACCCACGUGUUUGUACUUAAUCCCAUGCCCCAGCUGACCGACGUCCUAAGGCUUCCCUAAACUAUGUAGAGCUGGUGAACGCACGGCUUUUCUCUUUAUUCUUAUCCAGCGUUACACAAAGUUUCGCCGUUCCCUGACGAACGGAGUGCCAGGAGUAACGAGGUCCCUGGUUCGUUCCCGUGUCGCCUGUACGGACAGUGCCAUGGGUUCCCGUUGAUCGACACCUUGGACCAGGUAUGGUUUUGUGUUGGUGCGGUUGGAAACUGGGUUUCGAGGCCAAUACGUGUCAUAGUCGACGAGGGUUGAGGGAGAAGGCGUUCCUGGGGAUCGAUGAACCAAGUUCACCCGAAUAUCUGGGCCCGUCGAUAAACACAGUGGGAAAAUGAAUCCGUCCGAGUCGCAGCAAAAUCUUCUGGCGAACGAGGCGAGGGCGCCGUCGGUGCAAUCCUUAACCCCACCACAGGACUACGCUCUUGGCCCAGUUGAGAAGCACUUCCUGCUAAGCGCGGAACGAGGUGAUUGUGCCACUGUCAAAAGGUUACUGGAGGAGAACAAGGACCACCCAGAGCUGCUGAACAUCAACUGCGUGGAUCCCCUGGAUCGAUCAGCCCUGAUCGCCGCCAUCGAGAACGAAAACGUCGAGUUGAUCAAUUUGCUCCUCGAGCUCGGGAUCCAAGUGAAGGAUGCACUCUUACACGCCAUAAAGGAGGAGUACGUGGAAGCUGUGGAGAUCCUUUUGGAAUGGGAGGAGAGGACACACACGCCCGGGCAACCUUACAGUUGGGAAGCCGUCGACAGGUCAUCGUCGAACUUCACCCCAGACAUAACACCGCUGAUUUUGGCCGCACACAAAAACAACUACGAGAUCUUGAAGAUACUCCUCGACCGUGGCGCGACGCUCCCUACUCCCCAUGACGCCAGGUGCGGUUGCGACGAGUGCGUGACGUCCAGCGAGCAAGACUCCCUGAGGCACUCGCAAGCUCGAAUAAACGCGUAUCGCGCCCUCACUUCGCCAUCUUUGAUCGCCCUGUCCUCGAGGGAUCCUCUUCUUACGGCCUUCGAGCUGUCCUGGGAGCUACGACGACUCAGCAAAAUGGAGCAGGAAUUUCGAUUCGAGUACAACGAGAUGCGAGAGCAGACGCAAAAUUUCGCCACUUCUCUGCUGGAUCACGCGCGCACGUCCCUGGAACUGGAAGUGAUGCUGAAUUACAAUCCGCACGGUGAGAACUGGGAACCGGGUGAGAGACAGACGUUGGACAGGCUCAAGCUGGCCAUCAAGUACAAGCAGAAACAGUUCGUAGCCCACCCGAACGUGCAACAACUGCUGGCUGCGAUCUGGUACGACGGGUUGCCAGGCUUCAGAAGGAAAAGUAUGAUCGGACAGUUCAUAGAAGUCGGGAAACUCGGCGCCAUGUUUCCCGUAUACAGCUCGAUCUACAUGCUCUCGCCUACCUCGCCUAUGGGUCUGUUCAUGAAGAAACCGUUCGUCAAGUUCAUAUGUCACUCAUCCUCCUACGCUUUCUUCCUGAUGCUGCUGGGGAUGGCGUCGCAACGCAUCGAGUACCUGGCAAUCGAGUUAUUCGGGAACGCCUGGCUGCUGGACAUAUUAGCUGAGUGGAAGAGACGAGAACGUGGCUGCAUUCCUGGCUUCGUCGAAUCCGGUGUCAUCAUCUAUGUUAUCAGUUUAGUCACGGGCGAGAUGAGAUCGUUAUGGUCGGACGGGAUCUUGGAAUACGUAUCCGAUCUCUGGAACGUGGUGGACUUCAUUCAGAACGUGUUUUACGUAAUCUGGGUAGUGUUGAGGCUGACAGCGUGGAUUAUAGUUCAGAGGGAGUACUGGAGUGGCGUGGAUCCUUGGUAUCCCAGAGAUCAAUGGCACGCCUUCGAUCCCAUGCUGCUUUCCGAAGGAGCCUUCGCCGCGGGAAUGAUUUUCAGUUUUUUGAAGCUCGUUCACAUAUUCAGCGUGAAUCCCCACCUCGGUCCACUCCAAAUUUCCCUGGGGAGGAUGAUAAUAGACAUUAUCAAGUUCUUCUUCAUCUACACGCUGGUCCUGUUCGCCUUCGGUUGCGGAAUGAAUCAGCUGAUGUGGUACUACGCGGACCUGGAGAAGAUGAAGUGCUACAGCAUAAAGGGCUUCCCCGAUCUGCCCGACUUCGACAAUCAGGAAAAAGCGUGCUCCAUUUGGAGACGUUUCGCUAACUUAUUCGAGACGUCGCAAUCGCUUUUCUGGGCCAGUUUCGGUAUGGUGGACCUGAUGUCCUUCGACCUGACGGGAAUAAAAAGCUUCACGAGGUUCUGGGCGCUGCUCAUGUUCGGCUCCUACUCCGUGAUCAAUGUCAUCGUUCUCCUCAACAUGCUGAUCGCUAUGAUGUCCAAUUCCUAUCAAAUCAUCUCGGAAAGAGCCGAUACGGAAUGGAAGUUUGCCAGAAGCCACCUGUGGAUGAGCUACUUCGAAGACGGUGACACGGUGCCACCUCCCUUCAAUAUGGUCCCGACCGGCAAAACGUUCACCAAAAUCUUCUCUUGCGGAAAAACUGGCCGUCAGACGAGAUCUCUGAUCAAAAAAUCGAGGGAAAAGGCGCUGGCGAGGCACGACACGGUUAUGCGACUUCUGAUACGACGUUACGUGACCGCCGAGCAAAGGAAACGCGAUGAUUUUGGCAUCACCGAGGACGAUGUGAUCGAGAUAAGGCAGGACAUCUCUACAUUGCGAUACGAGUUGAUCGAUAUCCUACGGCAGAACGGAAUGAGAACACCGCAGUUCGACAAACAGGAGGCGGCGCUGUCUGGUAAGAAGGGUCGAGUGAUGGAACGUCGCCUCCAGAAGGACUUCCAGAUCGGUAUAGUGGAGGGCAUAGUGAACGCCGUGAUCCAAAGCGAGAAAGAACCUAAAGACGUGUUCAGCCAGAUCGCCAAGGCGAUAGGUCGUAAGAGCAGCGGAAGCAAGAAGGAUUGGAACGCCGUUGUCAGGAAGAACACCAUCGUGAGGGAUCCAAUUGGUAGCACGAGCGAGGCGUCGAUGAAACGACGCAGCAUUCGUCGGCUACCUCAUCAGGCCAAUUCAGACCUAGCGUCGUUGGAUCCUAAUCGUCUGGUCGACUACAAUCCAAACCUGACGGAAGUCUCGCCGACCACCAGGAUCGCCUACGCGAAGUUCAUGAUGAGUCGAAUGAAACCAGGGGCUGAGCAAGAUGGCGAAGAGGGCAAGGAAGAAGAGGGCGGCGAGCGUGCCACGAAAGUGAGCAUUCAGGAACCGGAUCGUCCUGUGCCAAUGCUGAAGAAGAGCCUGCUGAAGUCGAUGAGCGGUGGCAGCUUGGACAAAGGAGGCGAGAAGUCGGUGUCCAUCGAAGUGAGGUCGCCCUCGCCGAUACCCGAGGACCCUAGAGAGGACGACGCGACGAGGUCACCGCAGGGUAAGGCUGGCGCUGCCAAACCGAAGCCUGGACCUAGCCAGCCACCGAAGAAGGAGGAUGAAGGGAAGAAAGAGGACGGGGACAAGAAGAAGGACGAUGACGAGGCUAAGAAGAAGAAAGAGGAGGAGGAAAAGAAGAAAAAGGAGGAGGCGGAGAAGAAGAAGAAGGAAGAGGAGAAGAAAAAGAAGGAGGAGGAGGAGAAGAAGAAGAAGGAGGGCGGCGACAAGAAGGAGGGCGGCGACAAGAAGGAAGGUGGGGAGGAGAAGAAGGAAGGUAAAGAGGACAAGAAGAACUCCGGUGACCAAGCAGCCAAACCUCCACCUCCAGAAGAUAACGUACCGGUUGCUACUACGAAACUGCGUGGAAAGUCAAAGGCUACCGGUCAAAUCAUGGGCGGAUGGAUCUGAACUCUCUACGUUGAAUCGUUCAUUACAAAACUGGUGUAAGAUUUUUUUGUUUAAAUACUCUCUAUUCGUGAAUUCUAUUAAAAAGUAGAUCUCAGAAAGAAAGAAAUUAUUCGAAAUUUUAUUCUUACUUCGAUUUAUUCAAAGAAAUUAAAAUUUGUUCAAAGACGUCGAAAUUUGAGAUCUUGGAACAAAGAGGAAGACUUGCACCGGCAUCGUAACGAACGGUUUCUUAUUUAUCGAUAGAAGGAAAACGUUGGCCGACUCGGUACCAUGACUACGACGUUCGAUAUCGAUCUAAAGAGCAUGACACGCGACUACCCAAGUUUCGUACUUUCGUAUUUUUUUGUAAUACUACGCAUUUCUACAACACGACCGAUGCUAAUCAUAGCUUGACAGCAGAUCACCCUAAGCCCUCGAGAAUAUUAAGCGUAGCUGUUUGAGAUUUCCAAACGAUCAAUGCAUGCCUCGCUAAUAAUAAAGGCAAUUAUCUUUCAGCGAUAAGAAAGUAUUGUAUUCCUCUCGCGCUUAUCGUUUUCUGUCUAUUCUUUCUCUCGGUAUACGUGAUUAGUCCCGUCGUCGAUCUCGUCGACGCAAGGUGAUACUUUUGUGCACUGUUCUAGAGAUAAAUCACCAUUCGUCCAUCGAUCCAUCGAUAUAUAUUCAUCUUUCUAUUCGUAUACACUUAGCACCGCUGCCAACGUUACGCGGACUCUGUCAGUUUCACGAAAUUCCAUUUAAUCGAUAGGAGCUUAAGAGUCGAUCUUUUUUAAAAA